AUGGUGAGGACCAGGGACGGCCACAGUGGACGCUCUGACCACUCCGGGCCUGAGGGAGCAAAGGGGGGCCAUGGCAUUACCGAGAGUCUUGCCUGGUCCUGCGUCAUCCUCAGUAUUGGCUCCAUGUUCGAGUUCCUCAUUGCGGCUGUUGUGCCAAUCCGUCUCACGGAGGGUCACCAUGAGUCCGAGCCAAAUCGGCAGCAGCGAGCGCAUGCUCAGCUCCCAGACACGUGGCGGCGCACGUGGGUGGGCGGGCUGUGCGCACGCGGCAAGGCGGUCUGCGGGCUGCAGGGCGUCCUGGAGGUGCUGGUGGCUCCGCGCAUGUCUCUGCCACGAGGCCGGGACUCUAAACGCCUGUUGCCGGCGGAGGUGCAACAUUGGGCGCACGUUGGCGGCCCCGGCGGUUCUACAGCUGCGGCCCUAAAGCUGGCCCCAUCUCCGGAGCCCUGUGCCGCGCUUUGGGCCACCCCUCUCUGGCCCCCGACCCCUAUCCUUCCCGCGCCUUGUACUGAGGGCUGCAGUGUGCAGGCCUCCCCCAACCCUUCAUCCAGCCGCACCUCAGGUGGUGGGAUCACCAGCUCCCUGGUGUCGUCGUCCUGCUCCCGCACGGCUGCCUGGCUGCUCUCUGCCGCUCUCACUGCCUUAGUCCGAGCUGGGCACCUGGUGGCCUGCUUCCCUUGGGCCACACGUACCAAGGCAUGGCAGCAGGAGAAGGGCACAGUCCGAAGUGAUGGGAAUGGAAUGAACACGGUGUGUUCUCUGCUUUUCUCGCAGGUGGUGUACAGACUUGAUCCACUGAUCUUCCCUAUUGGCAUGGCCCCAAGCUCAGGCAUUGGCCUCCCAGCAGAUGCUCUUAGGCUACCCACAGUCCUGAGUCCUCACCACCCAGCUUCCAGCCAGAUGUCCCACCCAUGUGAGGGACCAGCCGGUCCCUGGGCCGCAGCAGACCUCAGCGCUGCCCAGUCCAGCCCAGGGAAGGCAUUCAUCAGCCUCCAGCCCCUGAGGAGGAGCAGCUCCGCUCCACACGCGGAGGUCAGCUACCCUCCAGAGAAACAGCGGUCGUCCAGUGCCGGGCCAGUGGCCGGCUCCAGGGGCACAGGGGGCACGCGCUGGUAUCAGAUCCCGCUCUCAUCCACCCGAAAGCCUGUCUCGGGCAUCUUUAGCAACCGCUUCCAGGCCAGCCUGCAGGAGUACCAGCAGCUGCGAGAGCUGAAGAGAAUGAAGGUCGGCAAGCCCUUCUCCUGCCCUCCUGCUCCCGUCCCCAGCCAGGGGCAGCCUCACGAGGGUGCCUGGGCACCGGACAAAACUUCCAACGAUUUGCAGAUGGCCAGGCCGCAGAAGACCAUGCCACCUCUUCCUCAGGAAGAAGGGGUCCAGGCAGCUGCCACCACGCCCAUCCUUUUGCCCACCCUGAAGCACGGCAUCUUCGACCAUCCUCUGCAUCGUAGGCUUCUCCGCUCUGGCCGAUACCUCUGCAGCCCCCCGGCAGCUCCGACUCACAACUCGCCAAAGAAGCCUAAGAUGCAGGCCUCCGGGGACAUGUUCCCCAUCGACUGGAGCCCACCACCUGUGGAGUUCCUGAACCCGAGGUCACCACCGGCCAGCCAGGGGGCCCCGACUGAAGCACAGGUGGGUGGGACAGGGCCCCAGGGCCUGAGGAACCUGGCCCACCAGCAGCCCGAGGAGUGGAAGCAGAAGCCCCUGGAUUCGGACCCUGAAGAGGCUCUGGCUUCACUGAAGGAGCUGUUCUGGAACAUGGCACGCCCAAGUCAGCACGUUGCGGCUGCGUCCUCAUUCACCUCUGGGGGCUCAGGAAGAUACAUCAACAGCUUAGAUUACUUACUGCAGGAGAAGAGAGAACAGGUCCUGGAGCCGGAGCAGGAGGAACUGAAUCUACAGGACUGUCCCGACCUCGACUCUCCAGAUCUUGAUGAAGCUGAAGUGGCUCUCACACCCGAGCACAGGAUGUUGGUGGAGAGGUUCUCCGUGUCACAGCAGGUCAUCCCGCAAGUCCACCCGGGGGAGACUGUGUUUCUGCCCAGGCGUCACCCUCGGCCGUGCGUCCUGGACUGUUCUCGCCUAAAGCCUCGUAGCCCCCUUGAAGGGCUGUUCCUCAGCUCCCCGCCGGCCCAGCAGCUCUCCUUCCUUCACAGGGGCCUUCUGAGCAACCUGUACCUGCACACGCCCGACUGCCCCGUCCCCCUGCUCCAGUGGCUCUUCCAGCUGCUGACAUGGCCUCCGGAAACUUCUUCAGAAGCCUUUGGUCUCCUAUGGGAUCUCAGCGUGGAUAGGCUCUUCCAUCCGCCCGGUGAAGGGGACAUUCACAUGUGGUGCCCCACGUUGCAAGAGAUCAUCGAGGUGUUUCACGGCCUGGGAGCCCAGAGCCCUGCCCUGUACCCCGCGGGGCCACAUCAGCGUGGAGGGAGCGCACUUUGUAGUGAAGCUAGCCUCAGCUGGGGUGAGCAGCAGAUUGCAGCCCAGGAGGUGGCCUUGGACGUUAGCCUCAGCUACAUCUGUAAGUUCCUGACACUGUGCGCCCUAGCUGAGCCAGGCGCCUACCCCGAUGACAGCCUCCUGGGCCUGAUGGAGCUGCUGUGCCAGGCCAGCCUGGACGUAGGGCUCCGCCUGGUGCCCAAGACGGACCUCCAGCAGCUCCUGCUCCUGUUGCUGGAAAACAUCCGGGAAUGGCCGGGAAAGCUCCGGCAUCUGUGCUGCACCCUCACCCGGGUGUCCGACCACCAUCACAACCUGCUGGCUCUCGUGCAGUCCUUCCCGGAUCUGACAGCUCGGAGCAGGCAGGUUCGAAGCCAACUCAGCCUCAUGGUCAUUGCCCAGAUGCUGGGCCAGCAAGAGACGCUCCCUCUCUGGCAAGAGAAGACCCAGCUGUCUUCGCUCAGCCAGCUCCUGAGCCUCAUGAGGCCGUCCUCCCUCAGGCAGCACUUGCGCGCCAGCCCUGGGACCUUGCCAUCCUGCCAGGAGAAACAGCCGAAGGCCAGCGCCGAGCUCGACCACAAGGUCUGCUACCUGUGCCACAGCCUGCUGACCCUGGCCGGGAUGGUGGUCAGCUCACAGGACAUCACCCCGGACCAGUGGGGGGAGCUGCAGCUGCUGUGUGUACAGUUGGAUCGCCACAUCAGCACCCAUAUCCGGGAAAGCCCUCAGGCCAUGCACCGGACCAAGCUCAAGGAUCUAGCCACCCAGAUCUACAUCCGCUGGCAGGAGCUGCUGGCCCACUGCCAGCCCCAGGUCCAGUACUUCUGCCCCUGGGAAGACAUCUAA